UGAGGCUGUGCUCGUCGGUGUCCCGGGCUGGGGACGGAAGUUGCUGAAGUACCAUUAGUUUCAGUUUUGUUUCUCUCUCAGGCACCCAGCCACAGCAGCGUCCAGACCUCGGGGGUACCCCCACUCCCCAUCCUGGAGGCCAAGGUCAGAUCAGGCUUGGCUGGGCUUCCUGAUCUCAUUUCUCACGGCCCUAGGCACCAGGCAAGCAGGUGGUUCCUCUUGCAUACCUCCGACUGCAUAGCUCAAAAGCAAGUGGCCACACGCCCUGGGAGACCAGAAGAUUUCCUGGCCAUUCAGCAUGGUUUCCCAGGGAUCCUCACCCUCCCUCCUGGAAGCCCUGAGCAGCGAUUUCCUAGCCUGUAAAAUAUGCCUGGAGCAGCUGCGCGCUCCCAAGACGUUGCCCUGCCUGCACACCUACUGCCAGGACUGCCUGGCCCAGCUGGCCGAUGGCGGCCACCUGCGCUGCCCUGAGUGCCGCGAGACCGUGCCCGUGCCGCCUGCGGGUGUGGCCGCCUUCAAGACCAACUUCUUCGUCAACGGGCUCUUGGAUCUGGUGAGGGCCCGAGCUGGCGGAGACCUGCGCGCGGGGAAGCCUGCCUGUGCGCUGUGUCCCCUGAUGGGGGGGGCCGGCACCGGGGGGCCGGCCACAGCCCGGUGCUUGGACUGUGCGGACGACCUAUGCCAGGCGUGUGCCGACGGCCACCGUUGCACCCGGCAGACCCACACCCACCGGGUGGUGGACCUGGUGGGCUACAGGGCAGGCUGGUAUGACGAGGAGGCCCGGGAGCGCCAGGCGGCCCAGUGCCCCCAGCAUCCUGGGGAAGCCCUGCGCUUCCUGUGCCAGCCCUGCUCCCAGCUGCUGUGCCGCGAGUGCCGCCUGGACCCCCACCUGGACCACCCCUGCCUACCCCUGGCCGAGGCCGUGCGCGCCCGGAGGCCCGGCCUGGAGGAGCUGCUGGCGGGCGUGGACAACAACCUGGCGGAGCUCGAGUCCGCCCGGAUGGUGGAAAAGGAAGCCUUGGCCCGGCUGCGGGAGCAGGCGGCGAGGGUGGGGACCCAGGUGGAGGAGGUGGCCGAGGGGGUGCUCCGGGCCCUCCUGGCCCAGAAGCAAGAGGUGCUGGGGCAGCUACGCGCCCACGUGGAGGCUGCGGAGGAGGCCGCUCGGGAGAGACUGGGGGAGCUGGAGGGCCGGGAGCAGGUGGCCAGGGCCGCGGCCGCCUUCGCCCGGCGGGUGCUCAGCCUGGGCCGCGAGGCUGAGAUCCUCUCGCUGGAAGGGGCGAUUGCCCAGAGGCUCCGGCAGCUGCAGGGCUGCCCCUGGAUGCCUGCGCCGGCCCCCGGCCUGCUGCCCCGGCUGGAGCUCCAUCCUGGGCUCCUGGACAAGAACUGCCACCUGCUACGGCUCUGCUUUGAGGAGCAGCAGCCCCAGAAGGACAGUGGGAAAGACGAAGCUGGAGGCCAAGGAGGGGAUGAAGCUCAGAGCCAGACAGAGGGGGGAGCCAAGUCGGAGAGACAAGGUGGAAUCCAGCCCCAGAGCAGGGAUGGCGCUAACACCCCAAAGGAGAACAGAGCCCAGACGCCCCAGGAAGAGGGAGCCCAGACCCCGAAGGAGGAGAGAGCCAAGACGCCCCAGGAAGAUGGAGCCCACACCCCAAAAGAGGACAGAGCCCAGACACCCCUAGAAGACGAAGGAGCCCAGACCCCAAGGGGCAGCAGAUCCAACAAGAAGAGGAAGUUCAAAGGCAGGCUCAAGUCCAUUUCCCGGGAGCCCAGCCCAGCACCUGGGCUAAACCUGGAGGGCUCCGGCCUCCUCCCCAGGCCCAUUUUUUCCUGCAGCUUCCCCACGCGCAUGCCUGGAGACAAGCGGUCUCCUCGGAUCACAGGGCUCUGUCCCUUCGGCCCCCGGGAGAUCCUGGUGGCCGAUGAGCAGAACAGGGCACUGAAGCGCUUCUCCCUCAGUGGUGACUACAGGGGUGCAGUGCCCGUCCCUGAGGGCUGCUCCCCGUGCAGCGUGGCCGCCCUGCAGGGGGCAGUGGCCUUCUCGGCCGGCGCGCGGCUCUACCUCAUCAGCCCCGAUGGCGAGGUGCAGUGGCGCCGGGCCUUGAGCCUCUCCCAGGCCAGCCACGCCGUGGCCGCGAUGCCAAGCGGGGACCGGGUGGCCGUCAGCGUGUCGGGCCACGUGGAGGUGUACAACAUGGAAGGCAGCCUGGCCACCCGGUUUAUCCCGGGGGGCAAGGCCAACAGGGGCCUGCGGGCUCUGGUGUUCCUGACCACCAGCCCCCAGGGCAAUUUUGUGGGGUCCGACUGGCAGCAGAACAGCGUGGUGGUCUGUGACGGGCUGGGUCAGGUGAUCGGGGAGUACCGGGGGCCAGGCCUGCACGGCUGCCAGCCAGGCUCUGUGUCCGUGGAUAAGAAGGGCUACAUCUUUCUGACCCUUCGCGAGGUCAACAAAGUGGUGAUCCUGGAUCCAAAGGGGUCACUGCUCGGUGACUUCCUGACGGCCUAUCACGGCCUGGAAAAGCCCAGGGUGACCACCAUGGUGGAUGGCAGGCACCUGGUUGUGUCCCUCAGUAAUGGGACCAUCCACGUCUUUCGGGUCCGCCCUCCUGAUAGUUAAAGGGCUAGGACUGGGGAGGGUCUGGGGUGGGGGAGGGGUGGGGGGAGGACUGUGGGGAGGGGUGAGGGAGGCGAGGCUGCCUGGGAUGUGGUGGCGGAGGGCAUUUUUCCGGAAGGCAGGGGCUAGCAACCUUUCCGUGUGACGUGCCAAACUGCUAAUCCGUCUUCGGGUGCGCAGGGAUGCGACCAAGGGCGGUGGUGUGACCACGACUCUCAGAAACAGGGGUGGGGGGGGUGCGCCAGGAGCUAGCUGUGCCUCCUGCUUUUUGUGGGGGCCUGUCUGCCUCCACCACAGGUUUCUGAAAUUUGUAAGCUUGUGCUGAUUUGCAUUCCUCGAGACCAUUCCUCAUGGAAUGGCCCGGGGAAAGUCUGUGUGUGUUGGGGGGGUUUGAGGGGGGUGCGCUGGCAGAAGGACGCCUCCGAGCCAAGAAAGGCUCAGAGGAUGUCAGGCAUGUGCCAGAUUCUGGAAGAGAGCUGAGAACCCAGCUUCCCCUGAGACUAUAACAGGGGGACGGGCCAGAUCACAAGAGGCCAGGGAUUUUGACACAGCUGCAGCCAGGAAGUAGAGAUCCUUGGGUCAGAGUGGCCCCCAGCUCAGUACAGAAAAAAAAUCUGGCCUUCGUCUGGCUGAACUUGAGGGGAAGGGAUGGGCCCUCAGAUGUGCCAUUAUUGCUGAGGAGAACAGCCUCCCCCGAACCCUGGAGGCCAGGUGUGGGACUGUGGGACCAAAAAAGCAGCUGGAAAACCUGAGAAGUCAAUAGUAGGGCCGGGCCGGGAGGAGGAAUGAAAUCCACAGGGGAGGAUUCUGCAUGGCACAGGGCAGCGCCAGAACCAAGGUGGUCGUGUCAAGCCAGGAGCUGUCACGAGAUUAGCAAAGGGAAUUUAAUGUAGGGAUCGUGGAUGAUGGAAUGUUCAUGAGAACAAGAGGGAUUUGGGGCAAGUCCAGAGGGAAAGUGCAGGGCAUUCAGAGUGGGGGAAAGAAACCCCUUUUCUGGGGAGGUCAUUGUUUGUUCAUUGAGGCGAUACGGGAAAUCGUCAAGUUCAAGCAGACAGAUUCAAUUACAUAAAAAUUUCAAACGUUUGCACGGAAAGAGUAAUGAGAAAUGAAAGGAGGCCAGUCAAGAGGACGAAACUAUGUCGAAUUGGGCUGAGUAAGAGCUGAGCCUCCAGUAGAAACAGUGACCGAGAGAUGUACUUGGUUCCAAAGACCAAACGGGCUGGCACGGCACCCAGGAGGAAACGCACGCAGGCCAGCGCCAGGAAGCCAGCAAAUAAAGUCAACCCCUCGCAUUCGCCAAAAAUACGUUGAGAAAUUAUGUCGUGGAGUGAUAGACUCCCGGCGCCACGGAGAGACGCGUUUUGGAGAGCCGUUUGGUAAUCCUCGACCAAGGUAGAAAGAAAUGACGAUAAGACUAAGUUAUCUCACUUUGGGGAAUACGUUCUGGGAAAAUAAUUCAAAAGAAAGAAAGUAUUUGCACAGAGAUAUUUGUGGCCACUUCUAUGUCAAGUCAUUGGCUGGAAACUGCUCGGCUGUGGGGGACAGCCAAGUAGACUGUGGUCUGUUAGGACCGUGAGCUGUUGCCUUCACAUAUAACAACUAUGAAAACUAUUUUGAAGAACGUGGUGCUGUGUGAUGCAAUUAUAGCCAAGUAGGGAGAGAGAGAGAAUUUGGAAUUAUGAUCACGUAAUGGCAGGAACAAGGUAAAAGUACAUCUGAACAGUUAUUGAGUGGAAGUAGGUUCAACAUUUGUAAAUAGUGAUUUGGGACACUGGGUUCUGGUCCUUCCGUGCUGCUACCCAUAUAUGCACAUUUCUAUUUCGUUAUAACUGACCAUCAGGUAACACAUAGGCUUGAAUAGUUACUUAGAAAGCAUAACCUCUAGAGAUGAUAUUGGAGAAGAGCUACUGGGUUUGCAAAUGAAUGUAUCAGCGCAAACGAGACUGGCCGGCGGAAGGAAGAGGCAGAGAGGCGGCGGUCAGGAUGAGAAUUCCAGGCUGGCCGGAGCCCCAGCAGGGAGGAAGGGCCACCGGAGCAGAGACCUGUUUGGUGACUGACCGAGGAACCUGCCCCGGGGGAGGUAUGCAGAGGUCGAGGAGUCUUCCAGCAGUGAUCAGAUCAUUGUGGGGUGUGCACAAGGCAAGGGAAGGUGCUGUUGAGUUCGCCCACUAAUUGAGAGCAGAGUGGUGUUUCUAGGGGACCAACUAGUAAUCGGGUUGUUGUGUGGGGGUGGGGCGGGGGCAGUGUCUUUUCUUUGCAGUUCUUUUGGCAGAGAGCAUAGUGAUGGCUCAUAGCAGGUGCUCAUUGAACGUCUGCGAAAUGAAUUAAUAGGUAGAAGAAGCACAGGAGGGUCGGAAGACUCUUUCCAGAGGUUUCCCACCUCAGAUGUCUAAGCCCGGGCCAACCAAGUGGUCCAAAACCUUGGCUUGUGGGAAAUCUCUGGUAGGGGACACUGUGGACACAGACCACCAUCUGCCUCCCAGGGGGUGGCCCAGCUGGGUCACAACAGAGAUGAGACAGGGGUGUCUUGCUUGUCUGUGAAGGGGGACCCGGUGAGUCAUAGGCUCGGGGAGAUCGUAUACCUUCAGGUUAGAAAAACCGUUUUUGCAGAGUGGCAUGGGAACCGUGGGGACGUCACCUGAGAGAGUCCCACAGAUGCGUCAGGGCUGCAGGGACCGUGCGACUUUCCAGGAAGCUGUAGGAAUCCUGGAAGGCCUGGCACUGGAGGACUGACGGAAGUACUAACUUUUCUUCACUAAAGGGCAGAGGUAGCAAGGCACAGAACACUGGCAAAAGGUGAGACGGAAGGAAAGUUCAGCAUUGUGCGUAAAAUCCCCAGCACCUUAACCGUGACCUAGGGAUCCCACUUGGCACCACGAGGAAGUUCUUGGUUAAACUACAGAUGUUAAGAAAUCAGGAACAUCCUGAAAGAUACACACACACCCCCAACGCACGCACACAGCCCCCGCAUUCGACUAUGACCAUUAACUUGAUCAAUCAUUCCAUUUCGUGUUUGGAACUUUCCAGGUUGUGCUUAUACUGGUGAAAGAAGCAUGCCGUUCACGUAGAGAGAGAGGGAGUGGAAAACCUCUUCCAUAGUCUUUGUGUCUAAUAAAGGAAGGGAAUGAGGUUGCAGAGACCUGGGCUCCUCCACGAAACAGCGGUGUGAUCUUGGCUAGCUUCCUAACUUCCCUGAACGUCAGUUAGGACCUCAGUGAAACGACCACAACAGGCCUCAUGCCCACCUCACAGGGUUGUUCGUGAGUCCUGGGGGAGGAGCACGGGGAAGUGCUUUGUGCACCAUGAAGUUCAAGGCCGAGGUACGGGUUAGGCACAGGCUCAACCGAUCUGUCCUGACCUAACACGGACUCUUCCAUCGGCGUAAGCCUGCACGGGGGUGUAAGUUGAGGUCAAAGCUCAAGAAGGUCCGUGUAGAGCUGUUUCCUGUUUCUCCUUUGGAGGAGGUGUUUUGUUUUGCUUUGUAGCAAUUAUUUGCAGAAGCCAUAUGUGUAAGACACAGCAGUAACUGUAGGAGCAGAAGGGACCAAUGGCCAGCUUGCUGAGACUCAGUCCUGUUCCUAAAAGCCAGCUGAGACCCAGCCUGUGCCAAGGAAGGACUGAUAACCAUAGACACUUAGGAAAAGUUCAAAAUGGCAAGCGUGGCCCGAUCUUUGGAUAAUUUAGAGGAAAUAUAAUUUGGGAGGGACUAGCUCUCCUGUCAUUGUAAUCUUGUUAUUACUGUACCUAUAAAUCCAUGUCAUUCUAACACAAGCUACAGAGAUAGAGGUAGAGGUCUGAGAGGGAAGUCAGAAAUCUUCCAAGGAAAUCGGUGAGGUUGGUGAUCUGGGCUGGGCAGGAUCCGAUAGGUGGGUGCCAAGAGUGAGGUGUUUGACCAUCUGUCCGCGGCAGGGUAGCUGAUGGCUACCGCUCUCCUGCAAAUGAAGCGGGAGACUGGACAGGGCACAGAGGUCUGCUUUGGCGUGGACAGCAAUUUUGGACCCGUUGGAGCAGAGAGCGGCCGGGACCUACUUGGGAAGAUGUUCCUAGCAGAGAAGGACCAAAUUCAAACGCAGGCUUAGG